CUCUCUAGAAACCUUGGAACAUAAUAAAUAGCACCUAAUUCGGUAUCAAGUUUGUUACCUAGGUAGGGGAUGCAUCAUCGUUGCGUAUCUUGAGCCCCAUGCUCGAUAUGGCUGAAUGAACUGAACCACCACCCACCCCCCCAGCUAGAUUUUGUCCCAAGUGCCCUGUUGCCUUCCGGAAUAAAUGCAACACAUACAACUAUAGAGAGGCUGAUAACAAUUACCUUCUCUACAAUGCCCUCCCUCACAGCCGCGGAUACUAUUCGUAUUCUAGUCUCAACAGACAACCAUGUCGGGUACAAUGAGCGUGACCCAGUUCGCGGGGAUGAUAGCUGGAAAAGCUUUCAUGAAGUGAUGUGUCUAGCCAAGGAGCGGGACGUUGAUAUGGUUCUCCUGGCUGGCGAUUUGUUCCAUGAGAACAAACCAUCCCGAAAGUCCAUGUAUCAGGUCAUGCGGUCGCUACGGAUGAACUGUUACGGCGACAAGCCUUGCGAACUGGAAAUGCUGAGCGACGCAAGCGAGAAUUUCCAGGGGGCAUUUAACCACGUCAACUACGAGGAUAUGGAUAUCAAUGUUGCCAUCCCAGUUUUUUCAAUACAUGGCAACCAUGAUGAUCCCUCCGGUGAAGGCCAUCUAGCUGCCCUCGAUAUCCUACAAGUCUCCGGUCUAGUGAAUUACUACGGUCGUACUCCAGAGUCAGACAAUAUCCAAGUGAAACCAGUUCUACUUCAGAAGGGUCGAACGAAGCUGGCCUUGUACGGUAUGAGUAACGUGCGAGACGAGCGGCUUUUUAGAACUUUCCGAGACGGGAAAGUCAAAUUCUUCCAACCAUCACUUCAAAAAUCCGACUGGUUCAAUUUAAUGAGCGUGCACCAAAAUCAUCAUGCCCAUACAGAAACCGGCUACCUACCCGAAAACUUCCUGCCCGAUUUUCUCGACCUUGUUAUUUGGGGCCAUGAGCACGAGUGUAUCAUCGAACCUCGUUUAAACCCAGAAACAAAUUUCCAUGUUAUGCAGCCAGGUUCAUCCGUGGCCACCUCACUGGUCCCCGGAGAAGCGGUCCCCAAACAAGUGGCGAUCCUCAGCAUUACCGGGCGUGAAUUCAAGACUGAACCGAUUCGACUCAAAAGCGUCCGACCCUUCGUCACGAGGGAGAUUGUUCUCCAUGAAGAGAAAGAAGCACAGAGACUCGCAAAGAAGGAGAAUAACCGCACGGAACUGACCCGUUUUCUUAUCGGCGUUGUCGAGGAACUAAUCGAGCAAGCGAAGAAUGAUUGGAUUGAGGCACAGGAGGAUGUGGAUGACGAGGAACUUGAAAUCCCACUACCUUUAGUUCGACUGAGAGUCGAGGUUUCAACGCCUGGUGGGGGGAGCUUUGAUUGCGAAAAUCCCCAACGGUUUUCGAAUAGGUUCGUUGGCAAAGUUGCUAAUGUCAACGACGUUAUCCAAUUUUACCGCAAGAAGAAAGCCGGCACAGCGCUCCGUCGCGGUGAGACAGAUGCACCAGAUGAAGCGGCUAUCUCGCAUCUCUCUUCACUGGAUACAGUUAAAGUAGAAAAGCUGGUGCGGGAGUUCCUAACUGCACAGUCACUUACUAUUCUACCCCAAAACUCGUUUGGAGAUGCCGUUUCCCAAUUUGUUGAUAAGGACGACAAACACGCGAUGGAAAUGUUUGUGAACGAGUCGCUGGAGAGCCAAAUAAAGCAUCUCCUUGCUCUCGACCAGGAACAGGAUGAUGAUGAAAUAGACUAUGGAGAUGGGGAAGGGCGGAGCAUUAUUCAGGCUGCCAUGGAUAAAUAUCGAGCGCAGCUGGAAGAUAUGUUCGCUAAAGGCAGUCAGCGGCGUACCCGCGGACAGAGAAGGUUUAAACCAAAGCCUGAUGGCUGGGACAGCGAGUUUGAUGGCCCUUGGGAAGAUCAGCCUGGUGCACUCAUCAUCUCCGAUGAUGAAGCCGAUGAAGUCGUGGACGAGAACCCUCCUCCCCGGAGAGGAGCCACAACCACCACGGGACGAGGCAGAGGUCGAGGGGGUAGAACUGCAAGAGGAUCUGCCCCGCGAGCUACAAGUACACGUAAAGCAGCCACUCCCACUACCAGCUCCAGCAGCCGCACCCGUCGUCGUCAAGCAGUGUCCGAUGACGAGGACGAGGACGAGCAAGAGGAUGCAAUCAUGCUGGACGACAUCAGCGAGGAUGGCGAGGAGAACUCUGACUCUCUAUUCGUCAGACAAACUCCUGUUCCGCGCCAGGCUAGAUCAACAUCAUCCACUACAAGCCGCGCACGGAAGCAAACCACUACAACGUCAACGGCCAGUGCGACCGCGACUGCGGCAGCUGGAAAGGCUCCCACUCGGAGCUCCGCAACUACCAGGUUUAAGCCGCCGCCGAAAUCCACCAGGUCACAGAUAAAUGAAAGUCAAACACUAGGUGGCACAGACACAGGUUCCAUGGUUGGUAAGCGGCCUAGUCGAGCUGCCGCGGCUCGGGCGACGAGAAGCGUCAGCGUCAUGAGCGAUGAUAUUGAAGAUGAUGACGACGCAUUUGACCCUGCGCCGCCUGUGAGUAGCCUGCGGAGUUCGCGAAGGAGAUAGCCACUCACACCAAUACUUCACACGUAAUAUGCAGAACUGCGAGACAUUCUGUAGGAUACUACACAAAAUGUGAAGAAACGAUUCUACCCCAUGAAACAUACAUGCAUAUAAUCUAAUUAAGAAGAAACUAAAUAUAUCUACAACUUCCCUCUCCCCAAAAACUUGACCGGAAUUUCCACCCAUCUCGCCCGCAAAUACUCCGCCACAUUCUUCCCCAAGAAGUCCACCUUCCGCGUCACGCCAACCCCACGAUCCAACAAGUUGCGGAAAAGGAAAUGCACCCCGCGUAACUUAGGUAGCUCAAACAGCUCAAUGCUCAUCGUCCCAUCUUCUCGCCACUCCCCACCCAACAACUCCUGCGCCUUUUCAGUCGACAACAGCGUCCGCAGCCAUUCGUACUCAUCAUCGUGCCGCACCCAGAAGCCGCAGUUGGCGUCGGAACCCUUAUCGCCCGAGCGUGCGUGCACGAUCCAGCCCAGAGGCCCUCGCGUCAUCGGGCCAAAGUCCGUCUCCAGAUUGGCUGGGCGGGCGGUUACAGGCUGCGAGGGUUGUGGAGACGGCCAGAUCUUCGUGGUGGCCGGUGGGGCGAUGUCGAUCGUUUUAUUAUCGUUAAUGUCGUUGAGCCAGGGGAGGUGCGCUUGAUGUUUCACGUCCGUCUGCGGGAUGAGAGUGACGUAGUACUCAAACACGGGUUUGGGUACACCCUGGCGCAUAUCCAGAUCGAACGUGGCGCCGGGAUAGCCUUGCAUGAUAUUAUCGAAGAUGAGUUUCAUGAAUUUGGUCGGAGCCAAAUGUUCCUCCUUUGGUGCUUGGGCUAGUAUGCGAAACGUCGUCGUCGCGCUGUUCUGGUCCCUGGGAUCAUCGGGCAUGCUGCCCAGCAAAGAAAAAUCGAGCACUGUGUAAUUCUUCGAAUGCGGUGCCAGUAGUCGGCGGAUCUGCGUUUCCAACAUGCGCACUUUGGCGGGGAUGUCCAGCCCUACCAUGAAAUAGCUCGCUUGCGCCUGAUACCCGCCUCGUGCUGUUAUGCCCACUUUUGUAGUUGGAGGGGGCAAACCCGCCUUGACGCCGCACACUGCGACGCGGUUUGUGGACAGCUGCUCGAAAUAUAUCCCGUCAAGAAUCGCCGUGACAUCUGAGUUGAAAUACCAUGGCCCCUGAAUCUCAUACAACAGUUGGGACGUGCAUGUAUCUACCGUCACAACUCCUCCGGUAGUAAUCCCCGAUUGUUUCGUGAUAACCACCUCCCCGGCCGCGGAGAUCUCAGCAAUAGGGUACCCAAUGUCUGCCCAUCCACCCUCACUACUCUCGAGUGCCUUGAAGCCCGUGAAGUUCCCGCCGCAGACAUAAUUACUGCACUCGAUCAGGUGGCCUGCAACAAGGGCGUUGGCUAGUUUGUUCAACUCGUGCCGGCCCCAGUUAUGCCACCAGUAUGCCGCGCCGAUGACAGGGCUCGCGUCGGAUACACGGCCGCAGAGGACGAUGUCGGCGCCGUUGGCGAACGCUGCUGCGAUACCCAGCCCUCCCAGGUAGGCCUGGGCGUAUAUGGGCUCGAAUGACCAGUCCGCCAGGUUCUGGCCGGUGUAAAUGUUCUUGAGCGGGGAUUUCCCCGAGGCGAGUGCCUGAGUUACGGCGGGGAGGACCUCGUCGCCGGAGAUCCAAGCCACCUAUUUAAAUCCACCGAUAGUUAUGUUAGAAAUUUUGCGGGACGACAUAAAAAAAUAUAAAAAAAUAUAAAAAUAAAAAGAUACCUUCAACCCCAAUCCCCUCUCCCUCACUACUCUCUCGACAACCGUAUAUAGCCCUUGAACAUCCGCCACGCCGGCAUUCACCGCAACGCGAAUCCCAUGGCGCGCCAGAUCCCCCAGGGCCGGCAGCAGCGACUCCAGAAACGACAUCUCAUACGCGGCCACGUCGUCGUCAUCGCCCACGCGCUUAGCAGCGGCGGUCGCCAUGUUGUACUCGCUCAUGUAGUCGGAGAUGAUCACGUCGAUGGGGUCGUUGGGAUGGUUGCGGACGAAGCUGGCGAGGGCGUGGCGCCGGUCAGAGGCGGAGCCGGAAGCGCCUGGGUUGGGGAUUUAUUUUGUCAGUGUACAUAUACGAAUAGAUAGAUAUUGUUGGGGGGUAGCAUACCGGCGAUACGAAUGGGGCGGUUUCUGGUGGACAUGGUUUGUCGCUUUGGGUGUAACAUGCACAUGCGCCGUAUAGGAGAAGAUUCAUGUGCUUUGUUUUUUUUUGUGGGUUUGAACCAAGCAACUGUUUACAUAUGUGACGGAUGUUGUUAAUUUAUUUUUUUAAAGAAUAAGUUUAGCAUGUUUCAGGGUGGCCAUUGCGGCCGCAUUAUGUUAUCUACUCCGUACAUCGCUCUCCAUUCUUCAUUCUGACUUGAUAGUGGAGCAGCUAUGGAUUUCUGGACUUGUAUAUCUUCGGCCCGGCAGUCGGUCCGAGGCAUCGGCAUGAGAUAGUCGUAGCAGUAGGAGAUGGGGUGAAUUAACACUAGUAUUAUUUAUUAUCUGCCAAUUGAUUUAACAAAAAAUGAACAGCACUAGCCUUCUGAAGGUGAGGUGGUCAAUGGUUCCAAGGUUCUCUCUGUAGGAGAAUCAACAUUGUUGUCAUUAUAAUCUAUCUACUCCAUAGUGAGGUUUUCAUAUAUAGAAUGUGGGACAUGUGAGUGCAGUAGUCAACAAUCAGUGACACACAUCUACCUUCUCACUAUCAAUUUCUUUACUGCUAUUCUUCUUCUUCUUCUUCUUCCUCUUCAAUUAGUUACUGUUAAUUUAAUAUUUAUGUCAGCAGUUUUCGGGGCGCCCUAUUACAGCAUAUACCCAUUGCCCAGGAAAAAGAUAGAUGAUCAUGAAAACAACAAUAGUUCGAAAAUUC